AUGCUGUGGGAGUCUCUGGACACGCAACAGGCGCUGGCUGUCUUGGUAAUUGGAAUCACCACCGUACUGGUCUAUCACCUCUACCGUACAUACUCGCACCUGCAGCACAUCCCCGGUCCCUUCGUCGCAAAAUUCACCAACUUCUAUCGCUUCAUUCUAGCGCGCCGUGGUUUCCUCCACCUGUACCAAACUCUCGCUCACCGGCGAUAUGGUCCCGCCGUACGAUUCGGUCCCAACCUUGUAUGCAUUUGUGACCCGGAGGCCAUCCAGACAAUCUUCAACCUGCGGGGCGGAUUCCCCAAGAGCAAGAUGUACCGCGCUUUCCGGCCGUGGACCACAGACGGCCUACUCCUCUCCGUCUUCACCGCGGAGGACGACGCGGCGAAUCGACAGAUGAAGCAACAUAUCUCGGUGUACUAUUCGCUCUCGUAUACUGUAUCCUCUUUCGAGCAAAGAAUGGAUAGUGCCACGCAAAUGUUUUUUGACCAGCUUGAUCGCCGGUUUGUGCCCACGGGCGCACAUUUUGACCUAACAAGUUGGUCUAAAUUCAUGUCCUACGAUACCAUGGGCUUGAUGACAUUCUCCCGCCCAUAUGGGUACGUGCAGCAUGAGAGAGAUUUACACGGUAUCAUGGAAGACGUCAAGAGAGCAAAUCUGAAUAUCGGACCAAUGACGCAGAUACCAUGGUUCGAUUGGCUCUUGCAUAAGAAUCGACUAGCAAAUCUCAUCAAACGCGAAUCCAUCGCCCCUUUGCUGGACUACGUUCUGGCGCGUAUCGCAGAGCGUCGGAACGCGCGUCGGAACAGUCAUAACACGCUCUCCAAUGCAAACGCGGACGGACCAUGUGCUGACGGUGACUUCCUCGGGUAUUAUCUACAGGCCCAGGAGAAAAAGGAAAAUGUACCGCUUCGAUUUGUGUCAACGUGGACCUUUGCCAAUAUACUGGGAGGGGCCGACUCCACGGCUUCCAUGCUUAGAUCUGUGGUCUGUUUCCUCGUGGAAAAUCCUGACGCACUGGAAACAGUACGAACCGAGCUGCGGAAUAAGCAAGGCACUACCACAGGGCUCACUCUUCCUAUUCCUCAAUGGCAACAACUGCAGAACCUCCCCUUCCUUGACGCUUGUAUUAAAGAGUCACUUCGGCUUGAUCCUCCAUUCGCUAUGCCUCUCGAACGAGUGGUUCCUGCUGAAGGAGCGACAAUUUGCGGUCACUUUUACCCUGGGGGUACCGUCGUAGGCAUGAGUCCGUAUAUUACUAACCGCUAUCGGCCGACAUGGGGGGAUGAUGCGGAAGUGUGGCGUCCCCAGCGAUGGUUGGAAGGCGAACCGUCACGUAUUAGAAAACUGGAAGCUAGUUUGCUGAGUUUUGGGGCCGGGACACGAGGUUGCCUGGGCCAGAACGUCGCCAUGUUUGAAAUCAAGAAGUUUGUUACUGCCCUGUUCAUGAACUAUGAUGUCGAUCUUGUCGAGCCUCGAGCGAAGUCCAAUCCAUACUAUUGGGUCAUAUAUCCGGAAAGCGUGCAGGCGACGGUCAGGAAACACAACUUCAACCAGUAG